CGAGAAGCCCUUCCUUCGUGUUUGGUAGGAGAUGAUCGAAGCGCUGGAUCUGGUAGUUCCCGGCACUGCCGCCUGACUACGUCAGAGGGUGGCGGCUCAACAGAAGGACUGGGCGCCUCUCCUGAAUUGAGUCUUCUGAAAAGACCGCCGCCUUCUCCACCUCUAACCCCCUCGACUUGUUUUCCUCUCUCUUCUCUUUCUCUCUCUCUUUCUCUCUCUCGUCCCCACCGCUCGGUUCCUCUUCGGCGGCCCUGAGCGCGCCCCGAACACUCUUGGUCAACCACCGGAGCUGGCUGCCUCUCGCCCCCUACGCCUCCAUGCAUCCCGCCCUUUAUACCCGGGCCAACAUGAUACGUGAGAUCGCCGCGGCUGUGAACUUCAUCUCCAAGUUCCUGCGCACCAACGGGCUGAUGAACGAGCGGCAGCUUCAAACGUUCAGUCAGAACCUGCAGGAGCUGCUGGCAGAACAUUAUAAACACCACUGGUUCCCUGAAAAGCCAUGCAAAGGAUCAGGCUAUCGCUGCAUCCGUAUCAACCAUAAGAUGGAUCCCCUGAUUGGGAAAGCAGCACAUCGGAUUGGACUUAGCAGUCAGGAACUGUUCCGGCUUCUGCCAAGUGAACUUACUCUCUGGGUUGACCCGUAUGAAGUAUCCUAUCGUAUUGGAGAAGAUGGCUCGAUCUGUGUGCUGUAUGAAGCCACACCAGCAGGAGCAAGCCAAAGUAGUACCAGCAUGCAAAUGGUAGACAGUCGAAUAAGCUGUAAGGAAGAACUCCUCUUGGGCAGAACCAGCCCCUCAAAGAGCUACAAUAUGAUGACUGUAUCAGGUUAAGAUAAUAGCCUGUGGAUGGAUCAUCAUAGAAUGGAUGGAUAAAAUUGGUUUUUACUUUGGGUGGGCUCCUCUGGGGAUGGAUUACGGAAUUUAAACCAUGUCACAGCUGUGAAGACCUGGCACAACGUAGAAUGGUAAACUUGAUUUGAUAAUGGCAGUGCCAUAGUUUCGACAGUACCUUUCAGUGAUUUAAUAGCCUGUGAGUAUAGAUGAUUGCUUUAUUUCCUAAUGCCUGAAGUUGUCCCAGAUAGGCUGCAGUUUUCUCCCAGACAUUUUGCUUAAUUUUUCUUCUUUUUUUUUUUUAAAAAAAUGCACACACACAUUUUCAAUCUAAGUCUAAAGCUAUAAAAUUGUUCUCUGCAUUAAGUGUUGCAGAAGGAAUUUGCACUAUACAUUUUUUAAAGUUACCAUUUUUGGCAGCUCAGUAAUAGGACUUUAUAAACAUGGUAAUACUGGAAAUUUUAUUCAACCAGACUUUUACCUAGCACUUAACAAUAUGUAUAAACUGUACAUAAGUCACACUUAGUGGCCAUGAACUGGGGAAAAUGGUUAGGUUGCUGUUUUGUACUGGCCUUCAAGGUAGUAAGUGAGUAGGCUGUGCUAUGCCAACAGGCUAAAGAGAGACCAUUUAAAGACACUGUCUGAACUGUGGUGUAUUUUACCAGCCAGCUAUCUGUACAUUUGCUAGCUUGUAGUUUUCUAAGACUGAGUAAACCUCUUAUUUUUAGAAAGUGGAGGUCUGGUUUGUAAUUUCCUUGUACUUAAUUGGUAAAAGUCUUUUCCACAAACCACCAUCUAUUUUGUGAACUUUGUUAGUCAUCUUUUUUUGGGUAAAUUAUGAACUGGUGUAAAUUUGUACAGUUCAUGUAUAUUGAUUGUGGCAAAGUUGUACAGAUUUCUAUAUUUUGGAUGAGAAACUUUUCUUCUCUCUAUAAUAAAUCAUUUCCUAUCUUGGCAUUUUAA